UACAGAACGCCCAGAAAGAAAUAAACCAGAGCACAGAUUUCCUGGACAAGGACCUUUGUCAUCAAUACGAGCUGUAAUUAAGAGAACUUCCAGAACUACUGCACAAAGUGAACAGCAAAGAGAUAGGAGACGUCCUGAGAUCACAAUUGUUGCUGCUGAGCCUAUUGGUCCUGGAUCCUGGUUUCAUGGUGGUCCAGCAGGGGGGCUAGGGUUUCCUCCUCCACCCCCACCUCAGUGGAGACCCAGUGAUUCCCAUCAUCCAGAGCCUCCAUCCUAUGAGCAGGUCAUAAAAGAAAUCAACCAAGUCCAAGUUACCACACCCAGUGCUAAUGUUGAGCCCAGGCGGACAACAACGUGUGCUACACAGACAGACUUUCCUUUGGAAGAUGAUCGCCCUGGGCCCGGCAAUAAUGUAAUUCAUCAGCCUGUUCUCUGUGAUCAAGCCACAAUCACAGUGCAAAGAACAGAAAGGCCAGAGAGACCCCGGCAGCCAUUACCAUUUGUGAAAAACAAUGUGCAGGACAGUGGUCACCAGAUAGCAAUCAGUAACACUGCUGGGACCAGCACCCGACACGAAGAAACAAAUGUCCCAAAUAUCAUCAGAUAUCCAGUGCCAAGACCAAGGACAAAACCAAAUCUUAAGCCUGUAGGAAAUCAUUUGAGUAUCUUUCAAGGAAACAGUGAGUUCUUUCAGGUCACAGCUGAGGGAGAACUGCCAUCCAGUCAAUCUUGUCCAGGUUUUGAUGAUAACUUCCUAGAGGAAUUAUUUGAAAUGAACAAUAUGAGCCAUGAAAGAAGCCAAAACAGUAUUACGGCACGAAUUAAAGCCUUUGAGUCUCAAGGUGAAAGUACUGAACAUCCUCGAAGACCAGAAAUUGCUCCACGCUCCAUCAACACUAGAAGUGGUGUUCCUGGUAAGCCUUCUGUAGCUCCCAAACCAUUUUCUAAUAGGACAUCUGGAGAAUGGGAACCAGGAAAGGACAAUAAACCAAAAUGCACACCAAGAGAAGGACUAGUCCCAACCAUUCUAUCAGAUUCUGGUGGUGUGACCAAACCAGAGCUGCCAAAGAAACCAAAGUCAAGUGUUGUAAAAAGCAGCAGUGGUGACAUCCCUGAUGUACUCCUUGGAACUUCUUUGUCUGGAAUUAACAGUAAAGAGUCUGACAGGACAAUCCCAGUUCCUGCUCCAAGGCCUAUGCUACCGAAAAAAAACCUUGCAGACUGAUAACUUAGUACCGGUAGGAGCCAAACCAUUGAUUCCUGCUCCGAAAUUCUCUAUAGCGACUCAAGCCAAAGCAUUUAAUGCAGUGGAAACUCCUGCAACCCGAACACCUGCGCAAUUCACACAAAGCAAGUCAGUGGGUGAAUUAGAUCUGAUCAGCUUUGAUGACGAUGCUUUACCUCCUGUGUUACCAAGUCCAGAUGUUAAUAAUGAUUCCAAAGCAAAUUCUGAUCCAUUCCAGCUGUUUUCCAAGGAUGAGACUGAGAAGGAACAGCCAGGUCCUCCUGUUAUAUUAAGAAAGCCUACAGUCAUCAGGAUCUCCGGCAAACUAGGCAAAUCAUGUGAAGAACUUCAGGUUCCCCCACCACUUCCUACAGAAAAACCAGUUGGUCUUUACAAUAAAUCUGCUGCAAGAGCACGCCCUACAGUUAGAAAAGAAUGGGAAACAUUUGAUAGUAUAGAAGAGCCUUGGACAAAGCCAGUGCUGCCUACUAGGCCAGCUGGUGUUAAAGUAAUGGAAACUGCACAGCAGCCUCCGCUGAAAGGUCCCCCAGGUCGACCACCACCUCCCAAACUUUCCAGAAAUGCCUCAACUCGAGAUGCCUUUCCUCGCUCAUCCUCUGAUGCAGUCCUUGGUGUAAAACAGAACACAUCUGGUAUCAACAGAUCAAAGAGUCAAGUAUUAAAAAGACAGCAACCAGAUCUACCUCCUCGACCUAAACCUGGGCAUCCUCUGUACAAUAAAUACACGCUGCCUCUUCCUCAUGGAAUUGCUGAGAAAGAUAUUGUAACAAGUAACCCACGAGAGCUGCCAUGCAAGCGAGGAGAGGUGUUGGUGUUGCUGGAACAAACAGAUAACAGUUACAUCCAUUGCCAGAAAGGUGGUAUAACAGGGGAUGUUAAAGCGAACAACAUGAAGAUCAUUACUCCACUAGAUGACAGUGUGGAAAACAGACAGAAAGAUGUGCUGCCUAGAAUGGAAGACAGCCAUACUCCUCAUGCACAAGUGCUACAUGACUAUGCAGGAGAACAUGAAGAUGACCUAAGCCUGAGCUCAGGGGAGAUUGUAUACCUGCUGGAGAAGGUAGACAAGGAGUGGUACAGAGGAAAGUGUAAAGGAAACACUGGUAUAUUUCCUUCCAAUCACGUCAGAGUUGUGAUUGAUGUUCCAGAAAAGUUAAAUCCCAAAAGAUACUCAUCAGCAUCUUUCAUAAAGGGCCCACGGUGUGUGGCACGAUUUGAAUUCAUAGGUGAUCAGAAAGAUGAACUGAGCUUCAGUGAAGGCGAUACAAUUGUCCUGAAAGAAUACAUUAAUGAUGAAUGGGCUAAAGGGGAGCUAGGAGUACACACAGGGAUCUUUCCAAUCAAUUUUGUUGAAAUUCUAGAAGACUUGCCAUCCAAAACAUCAGAUGUUCGGGAUUCACAUAAGAAUAAAUUGCCUGGAUUAUCAUCACAGCAAAUAGGUGAUUGGGGUGAGGCACUGUAUGAUUUUUCUGGGGAGGCAGAAGACGACCUACCCUUUAAGAAAGGAGACAAGAUCCUGAUUAUAGAUCGGCUAGACCUGGAGUGGUACAAAGGAAGACUGAAUGGCAGAGAAGGAAUUCUGCCAGCUGCGUUUGUACAGAUCUGCUCAGGACCAACAGCACGGCAAACUCAGGGAGGGAAACUUGGCAAGGCUCGGGCACUUUAUGACUUCUGUGGGGAGAAUGAUGAUGAACUUUCAUUUAAGGCAGGUGAUAUUAUCUCCUCGCUGGAAUCUGUGGAUAAUGACUGGAUGAGCGGUGAUUUCCAUGGAAGGACAGGAAUAUUUCCAAAGAACUUUAUUCAGAGAUGUUAG